GUCUCCUUACCCGGAAGAGAACCCCCUUCUCCCACCCUCAUCUCCCCCCCUCUCUCAGCUGGGAUGAACGCACACGUGGAAAUGUUGGCUCGGCUCCACACUCGGACCAAAUUUAGUCAUACAAAGGCAAAGGAGAGCGGGGAGGGAGUGGGGGGAGAGGAAGGUAGCGGCGGUGGGGGAAUCGGCUGGAAGGAGGGAGGGGGGGAGUUGGGGAUGAAAGAGCCAGCCGCCGCAAGAUCAAAAGGAGCCGCGGCUCCGCCCUCCUAACCCCACCUCCGCGCUUUAUAAAGACCUGCCUCCCUGUCCCAUCUCUGAUUCUCACGCAACCCCAGAGUCUCGCACACUAAACACGCCCGGCUACUAUUUUUUUAUAUUAAAAAAAAUAGAUAUAUUUCAAAAUAAUAAUAAUAAUAAAUAUUUAGGCCUUUUUGAACGUCUUAUUAUAUAUUAAUAAAUAAAAUAGCACUGUGUUAAAUGUUAAAUAACAUUUUGAUUAUUGCUUAAUAAUUUUAGUAAUGUAAUGUUUGCACGCUCUCACCUCCAGCUUCCUCCUGUUUCUUUUUCUGUAAUCUUUUUUUAUUUCUCCUAAUUGCUUUAAAUCAGCGUGUGUCAGCCAUGGCUGCUCCUUCUUCCCCUCCUGUCUGCCCAUUUGUUGUGAGCUUUGUAUAAAUCUCUCUCUCAGGAGGAGUGUCAAUUGGUGCGGUGUCAAUCAGAGCGGCGGCUUCCCUUUCAUCUCUCCUUCCUCCCAGUGACUGAGGAGGGAGGGAGAAAAAAGGAGGGGAAGGAGGAGGAGGAAGCGCGGCUACAUUACCAACACACACACGCACGCGCUGGUUACAUUACGCCGUGGAAGCGCUGCUGGAGCACUGGGAAGUCUUUCUCUUCCCCCCCUCACACAUAUUACUUUUUUCUUGUUAUUUGGUGACUUUUAUCUUGCUCUAAGGAUGUAUUUUUAAAGCAUCACUUCUGUUGAAGUCUUCGAAGUUUUUGUCUUUUUAAGCUAACUUUUUGGUUCCACCAAGGAGAUAUAUGUAUAUUUUCCUGACUUUUUAAAUUUAUUUCAAGGACAAAUGUUUUUAAUUGACUGAAAAAAUGAGGAGGUGCUGAUUUUUUUCCUUCUUUUUCGUGGCGGCGCGUCGGACUUUUAGAGCAGUUUUUAGCGAGCAGGUUGAGCGUUUGUCGCGCGGCGGUGAUGGUGAGGAAGGAGGCGGACAGCAGCCGCUCUCCUCCUGUUGCUUCAGCGUAAGAAACAAAAACCCUCCGCCGCCGCGUGCCUGCCUGAACGCCGCGUUUCUUGGGGACUUCCGUGGGAGUUCAAUUUUUUAUUCCCUUUCAAGUCAGUGCUGGAAUUUUUUUUAAUUAAAAAAGAAGAAGAAAACAAAAAUGCCACAGUUAUCGGGCGGCGGUGGCGGGGACCCGGAGCUUUGCGCCACAGAUGAAAUGAUCCCGUUCAAAGACGAAGGAGACCCGCACAAGGAGCAGAUCUUCGCCGAGCUGAGCCACUCCGAAGAGGAGGGAGACUUGGCAGACAUCAAGUCAUCCCUGGUCAACGAGUCUGAGAGCAGCCCCAACAGCAACAGCCACGAUGCAGCUAGGCAGUCCCAAAUACCACCAGAUUCAUAUCACGAAAAACACAGAGACCUUGUAGAAGAUGCGGACGAUUGUUUUUCAGGGAAACAUGCGGACAUGUACGGUAAAGGCCACGUGUACCCGAGUUACCCAGGUUACAUCAUGAUGAGCAACAUGAACAGCGACUCCUACAUGAACAAUGGCUCCCUCUCACCGCCCAUGCCCAGAACAUCCAACAAAGUCCCCGUGGUGCAGCCGUCCCAUGCAGUCCACCCACUGACCCCGCUGAUCACGUACAGCGACGAGCACUUCGCCCCAGGCUCUCAUUCGGGCCUCCACCCGCAAGACGCCAACAACAAACAAGGAAUGCCCAGGCAUCAUCCUGGACCAGAGAUUGCCAACUACUACUCCCUGUCCCCUGGAGGAGUGGGGCAAAUCACACCACCACUGGGAUGGUUCUCACACCACAUGGUCCCCGGCCCCCCUGGUCCCCACGCAACUGGGAUUCCCCACCCAGCCAUCGUCAACCCACAGAUCAAACACGAGCCUCCGCAUGAAACUGACAUCAUGCACAUGAAGCCCCAGCACGAACAGAGAAAGGAGCAGGAGCCCAAAAAGCCGCACAUCAAAAAGCCGCUAAACGCCUUCAUGCUCUACAUGAAAGAGAUGCGUGCAAAUGUGGUCGCCGAGUGCACGCUGAAGGAAAGCGCCGCCAUCAAUCAGAUCCUGGGACGGAGGUGGCAUGCUUUAUCUCGGGAAGAGCAAGCUAAGUAUUAUGAGUUAGCUCGCAAGGAACGGCAGCUCCACAUGCAGCUCUACCCAGGCUGGUCUGCUCGAGACAAUUAUGGGAAGAAGAAGAAGCGGAAGAGGGAGAAGAUGCAGGAAUCGGCCACAGGUACAGGCCAGAGAAUGAAAACGGCGUACAUCUGAGAAUAUGGAGGAAAGCGGAACGGUUUCUCCACAUGCAAAGCAAAGGCAGCAGCUACGGGCCCUCUGCUAGAGAUGGAGGCCUGCUAGAUCCCAUGAAGACCCCCUUCAAACCUCCAAAAUGAAGCCUCCGGUCCUCAGAGGAGCCCCCCUCGAAACCCCCCAACCCUCAAGCACACCCACACAUGCCACGACCAUCCGCCAAGCGAAGAAGUUUCCGGAAAAGGCGCUGCUGCAGACACUGAACUGAACGAGACAAUCAUGAAUUUGUAGAAGCAGCGCCAUGUAAAAAAAAAACUAAAAAAGAAACUUUUUCUGUGUUUUUCGUACGUUUCCUUUCGAUGUCCGCUUCACCGCUACCCGAGGCACUGCACUGAAAAAAACAGCAGCAAUUGUGAUGUGCGCACAACUCGCCCCCAACACACUCCCCACACCUGUCACUAAGUUAUUCUAAGUUAUUCGACACCUUUUUCCUUUUGUAUAGUUUACUAGGCUGAUACUCACCCCCCCAGCACCCUCCCUACUCUCUCUCACUGGAUUUAGAAGACCAUUUGGGGGUCCCCCCCCCCACACCCACCGACCAAACACCUCUUUUUUUUAGACUGCACUAAGGAAGAUGGAGGAAUCUCUUCUUGUCUGCUGACCAAGUUGGUGCAAAAAACAUCAUCUUAUCAUUUCCUUCUUUUGAAUGCUUUUAUUUUGUACCCUUGUUUCGAUUUCUUGGUGUAUAUUUUAGUGAUUUCCUUUUUUUUAAAUGUUUUUUUAUAUAGUGGUAUAUAUGAAAAUAAGCUUUGAACACAGGAAAGCCAUUUUUUCUUGUUGUAAUGUCUUGCAGAAAUUGAAACUUAAGGCUUCUUUUGAUAACUAUUUGUAACAAAUAGUGACCUCGAGUCUUGCUCAGAUGUAAAAUAAUUCCUCAGUAUGUGUACUUUUUCAAGCUGUCGGGACACGUCAACUUUCUUGGUAUUUUUGCAGGCUACAUUAGGACAAAGGCAGGAGCGACCGCUCCAGAGGCCUAUAUUUUAUUGUUCUAAAACAUGAUGCAGAUAUAUAUAUUUACCCCAGCACUUGACAGUCUUUCUUUUACUGCAAUGGACCUUUUUGUCUUUUCUCUCUGGUAGCUAAUAGUGUGGUCUUUAGCUAUGUUGUUUAUUCCAUGCAAACAUCUCUGUAACAUUUUGAGUUCAACACUCUAUUUUAGUAUUACUUGAUGAUUUCCUUUUUUGUUUUUUAUUAAUAUUAUUAUUGUUUUAUUUUUUGGGGUCACUGUCUUCUUGGUUUAGCAUUUUGCUUCCCAAGUGGUCAUAUUUGAAUGUUUUCCACAUGCUUUGUUUUGUUCUGUUUUUUUAAAGAAAAAUAAAAAGGCACUGUUGGCUCACUGGAUUGCUUGUGUGGUGGAAAGGCCAGAGCUAAAUGUGCCACAUUUUACAGUUUGUGUGUCUUUUUUUUUUUUUUUUUUUGUAUUUAUGGAACCCUAAAAGAAUUUUGAACUUGAUGCCCACAAGACUUAAUGGUUGACUUUUUUUUUUUUUUAACAAUCUUCAUCCCUGAGCAUUAAAAAAAUGAAUCGCGUCUUUUGUCUUGCCCAGAAAAUGAACAUUCUUUAACAUAAUGACUGCAUGUUGGAAGCGUGAUGAUUAAAGAGCUAAGAUCAAAGGAAAAUUCUAUUUAUAGACGGUGUGAAGCACUGUCUGGUAAAACAGCACCCCCUUGUGUCUGGAGUUCAGAAUGCAGGAGAAGAGCAGAGAGUGAAACUGAGAAAAAAAGCACAUUCAUUUAUAAAAUAACACCAUAAAUCAUGGUUUUAGGACAUUUAAACCCUGAUUGGUUAAAAAAAAGGAGAAAUUUAAGAAGAAAACAUGCAGUGAGAGAUAAAAGUAAAAAAAAAAAGAUACAGUCAAUUCAAAUAAUGUUUACCGAGUUAAUGAUUCUUUUAUUAUACACUAAACUAGUAACUUUGAUUAUUUUUUUCAUGUCUCAAAGUGACACUGUGGAAGAGUGUCUUAGUUUUUAACUAUUGUUCAUAUUUUGAAGCCCAAUGAGGCAAUUUUCUUUGUGAUUUUGGGCUAUAUAAAUAAAGUUGAAUUGAAUUGAA